UUUCAGUUUUAUUUUUGCCAGGAUUUACCUCCCACAGAUAAGAGCAACCUGAAUAAUUCACAGAGUAGUUUGGUAUGUUUAACACUUUUCAGUUUUCUAUAUUAUUUCUUAUGUGUUUCUUCAUAGACUGGAUUCAGUAUUUAGUAUUCAUUUUCAAUUUAGGGAAAUAAAUAAAAACACUGAGCGAGAAGCUGUGCCCAAACUUUUGACUGGCACUGCCUGGAGUUUAGAGAUUUGAGAGUCGUGGGGAGAGCAAGUCAUCAAGUCUGCGAGCUCCGGUUUCACACACAGCCAUUGGCUGGUCUUCAAAGAGUAGUUAAAGUCACGCCCACUCUGAAAUCUGCGCUCGCUGAUUGGUCCGAAGCUGUUUCUCAGCUCCCAGUGAAACUCUGCGAACAGUCGGCAAACUUUUUUCGAGGCAGAAAGUGAGGAUUUUAUUAAAGAUAUUAUUCUUAGAGGAGUUUUUACAAAGUGUGCAGAGUCUGUAGUUUUAUCUUUAGUCAGAUUUCUGAAGUUAAGCUGUUUUUCUACUGUUUUUGGAGCCACUCUGGCGAAAGUGUGGCGGAGCUGCGGCUGGAUUUACGUUACUACGGGUUACGAUGUCAGUCCGCGAGGAAAAAACAGCCCAGCAGCAGAAGCGCGAGCCCGGGGCAGGACUCUCGAACAGCGCGGUUAGAGAGAACGGGAGCGCGGCCGGGGAUGUUCGCAGCUCCAGGGCCGUGUGUCGGGUCUGUUCCCGCUUGUUUAGGGAGCCGAAGCUCCUCCCGUGUCUGCACACUUUCUGCGCAGACUGUAUCCGGCAGCUCGAGACCUUCUCGGCGCCGGGGGCCGGCGGGGGGAGAUCCCGGGCUGGGGCUGAGGGUCCGGGCCGCGGUCAGGUCCCUCUCACCGUGCUGUGUCCGGAGUGCGACUCUGAGGUGGACCUGCCCUCGUCGGGCGUGGACGGGCUCACCACCGACCACCUGGCCCUGGAUGAAGUGCUGAUGGAGACGCUGCUGAUGGAGCGCAGCGUGCUGUGUGAUCUGUGCAGUGAGAGCGACGCGGGGAAGCGCUGCGAGGUCUGCUGCCUCAACCUCUGCGACUUCUGCAGCCAAGCGCACAGGAGGCAAAAGAGGACAUCUAGUCACUCUAUUCAUAGCCUGGAAGACCUAAAGUCUCAGGGUCGUCUCUCCAGGCCUGUCCUGUGCUCACUGCACCCAGGUCAAGAGCUGCGCCUCUUCUGCGAGCCCUGUGACCUGGCCGUUUGCCUGGAAUGUGCUGCCGUGUUUCACCGGGACCACCAGUGCAGCCCAACUCACGAUGUUAUCAACCAGCAUGGAGAUUGUAUACGAGAGCUGGUUUCUGGGAGCCUGAGGCCUCGCCUGAGUCGUCUGGAGGAGGCGAUGAGACGUGUGGAGAUAUCAAAGGAAGCCUUGAAAAUUCGCACUGAUUCGCUGGCAAGCGAGAUUCGGGCUUAUGCUCGGAGUUAUGCCAGUGCGGUGGAGGCCCACUGCUGCUCUCUGCUGCGCACUCUGGAGGAGCUGAAGAUUCAGCGGCGGAAUCAGCUCAACCUGCAGAGUGUUCAGCUGCAGCAGGCACUGUCCGACGCCCGCGGAGGUGUGGAUUUUGCCGAGCGCUUGCUGACAUGUGGCUCUGAAGCAGAGAUCCUGAGUGCCAAGGGAGUCACCACAAGGAGAUUAAUGAGCCUGCUGGAGUGUGGCUAUGAUCCACAUCCAGCCACAGUGGGGAUUGACAACGGUAGCAGUAUGUACUUUUUACCACAGGAGAGCGCUGGGCAGGUGGAUGGCUUCCCCGUGGUUGGAGUCCUGUAUGCCAAGACGGUAGACCCCAGCAAAUGUACCAUCCAAGGAGAAGGUCUCCAGCAGGGUGUGGUAAGUGAAAGGGACGAGUUCACACUGGUCUGCAAGGACUCUGCAGGGGAGCCUAUGGGUAAAGGAGGAGACCCUGUGCUGGUCAGCAUAGUCCACAAGGACAGGAAGGACUGUGUUGUAGAGACUACUAUUGUGGAUAACAAUGAUGGUUCAUAUGCUGUCUCCUACACACCCAUGGAGCCUGGGUCGUACUCUGUAUGGGUGUGUGUGAAAGCGCAACAUGUUAAGGGCUCACCUUUCGUGCUGACAGUGAAGAGAGAGUUCCAGCACCAUCGUGGCAUCUUCCAUUGCUGCUCCUUCUGCUCCAGUGGUGGUGCUAAGGAGGCUCGGUGCGGCUGCAUUGGAACCAUGCCAGGAGGCUUCCAGGGCUGUGGACAUGGGCAUAAGGGUCAUCCGGGGAAGCCGCACUGGUCAUGCUGCGGGAGUGUAGUGGAGGGGUCUGAGUGUGUACGAAGUCUUGGACUAGCUUCUCUUCGUGGGCAUGUCCGAACUGUGGAGCUCUGAGGGAACAGUUACACCAGGAGGAGAAGAAGGAGUUUUAUCACAUCUGCUCUGCUCUGUAUCUACAGGAGUGUAUGUGUCUUACAAACAUUACAAACUUUUACAAGUCUGCACACUGUACACUGUGUCAGUUUAUCAUGCAUUGUUUCCAGACAAAAAUGCAAAAAACACCACUUGAUCCUUAUGAUUGUGAAGCCGUGUAAAUGCCUUAAAGCCUAAAGAGAUGGUAUGCCAUGAAUUAACCAAAGAUUAGUUUGGUUUGGUGUUAAUACAGUAAACAUGGAUUCAGACCAAACCAACUGCACAGAGACUUAAAUGUGGAGGUUGUCUCAGUCCACAGUAAUUCUAAAGUGGUUUGUUUGUAGUCGAACCCAACAAUCUGCUGUUCUCCGCAUGUUUGAGCUGAAUGUUAACUGAUUUAGACUAGAGCAAACAAACUCUAUGCAGGACUGUUUUACAGAAUGAUUGUGUAUGCAUUCAUCAGUGUAGCAUUUUAAUAGACAGUCACUGGAUACUGUAUUUUUAUCUUAUUUUUAACAUAAUGUUUCUCUGAUUAAAAAUAUAUUAUGUAGGAUCACUAGAAAGUUAAUUAACUAGUAAUAUAGCAUUAGAUCAGUGUUGAUGGGUAUAUAUGUCUUGAUUUGUGCACUGUACCAAAGACUGCCUGUCCUAUGGAGAGAAUUUUAACUAAAACAAAACCUAAAGAACUUCAACUUUCUUUUUAAAUUGUUAUUGAAAAAAAACAUUUACUCAUGUUUUACUUUUUGACAUAGCAGUUGUUUUAGUUAUAUUCAGUCCACAUUUGGUCAACAUAAUGAAUAGAUGAGUAGAAAUGCUAUAAAAUAAUAUGAUCUUAAGAAUAUUUUUAUACUCAUGAACAGUUGCUUGUGCCAGUACUUUCUCUGUACAUCCAACAAAUAAACAGUCCUUCCACACACA